CGCGUGUUUAGUUUACGAGAAUCGAUCCAUUCAGCUACCACCCUGAUCCCUCGCUUUCAUUCACCAUUUUUCUUUAUACAUCUCGUGUUGCUUUCAAAAAAAGAUUAAAAGAUUCCCAAAUUAUCGAAAAUUAAAACAAAGAAACAAAUUGAUUAAAAGAACAGUGAAUCGGUGUACCGGAACGGUUAAUAAAACUUACAAAGUGUAUUCGUCGACAAAUUAAAAAGAGACCAUCGACUAUUGGAUAUUUAAAAUAGAAUUUUUAAGUUUCACCUUAACGUUCGAAGUUGCUGAAAAAAUUUAGAAAUAUUUGAAAACACGUACAACGUCCAGGACCAAUUAAAAGUCUACCAGGGGACCUCGAUCGAGGUCGAAGUUCUCCAGAAUGUUACAACAGCGAGGGAUACUCUGUGCGGUGAUAUUUGGACUGUUCUCUGGAGAACUCGUGUCCUCUGACAAGGAGCAAAAUAAUCCUGUGCUGAACGAGCCGAACUUCGAGAUACCCGAGUACAUAUUACCGUGCAGUAGGUCAGAUCCCAAGUUAGACGCAUGCUUUCAGAAAACUUUGAACCAUCUGCAGCCGUAUUUGCUUAAGGGUAUUCCUGAUCUGGAGUUACCUCCGAUCGAACCACUGAUCAUCCCGGAAUUAGGAAUGGAGAACGGCCAAGGAGCUGUUCGUAUUAAAGCGCUGUUCUCUAAUAUCACCGUCAUAGGAGCGGGAAAUUAUACAAUUUCGAAAACGCGAAUCGACAUACAGACGUAUAGGCUUGAUCUUCAUUUGGCAUUCCCAAAGAUCGAACUUGAAGGCCGCUACGAAGUGGUAGGAAACGUGCUGCUCUUCCCUAUUCAAAGCCAUGGGGAAUUUUGGGCGCUUUUUGGCGACGUCCAAGCCAUCGCUCGUGUCCAAGGAGCAGAGGUGAUCCGCGAUGGGAUUCGUUACUUGGAAGUGGCACGAAUGCUGAUCGAUUUCAGCCUGGGUCGAGCACGAUUCCGCGUGGUCGAUCAGUUAAACGGUGACAACGUGAUCGGUCAGGCGAUGAAUCAGUUCCUGAACCAGAACGCGAAGGAAAUCAUCGAAGAAAUGAGACCAGCCGCCAGUGCCAGCAUCGCCAAACACUUUAAGAAUUUCCUUGGCAAAGCCUUGACCAAGAUCCCGUUAAAAGUUUGGCUUCGUGACACGUAGUUUCUUCGGAUCGUUCCUUUCUAUGAACGUUAUCGAAGAAAGUCGCGCUUUUUCAUUAUUUUCAAGCGCGAUUUCAACGUGCAACACACGAACCGUGUUGAACGUGAAACAGAAGAAUGAUUGAAAAUCGAAGAUGGAUUUCGCUGGACUAAAUUCGUAUGUAUCGUGCAUUUCUGUGCAUUUUAUCGUCGAUGGUAGGUAAAGAAGAUUAAUAGAGAGAAAUUUUUUGUAGGAAUUAUCGAGUUGUGAAUAUUGUUGUUGUUCGGUUAGUGUAAGGGUGGAACUUUGAUUGCUUGAACCGUAGUUGAAGGAUAAUUUAUUCGAAAUGUAUUGUAGCGUAUAGAAUAUAGAACAAAUUUACAAGUCAUCAUCGUAAUUUUGAUUCAUUUAUUUUGAUCAGUUUAAUACUGUCAUUAUUUUUUCAAAGUUUUGAGUAUUUUUUGAGGUAUUUUCAACCUUUUACCGCUUUUUCCUAAUUUUUUAAUUUUUUGUUCAAACAAUCUUUGUUACACCGCAUUACUUUCUGCUGCUUUUAAUAAGAAAGUAAACAUAUAGCGUAAUAUACUUAUUGUUAAUUUCAAUAUGCAAUGAUCUCUCGCUUAACUUUUGCGUUCUCUCAUUUCCUGCUUUAGAAAGAGAAAGGAAAAUAAAAGAACUUUAUCAGCGUGUUUGGAUGAAUAAUUUAUCACUCGACUGACUAAGACAUUCUAGAUAAGUUGUCAAAGACGAGUCUCGAGAUUUCAAGAUAGUUAAAUUUUCUGUGUACAUUAUGAGACAUAGCUGCCGAUUUUCUGACAGUUUCUUGUUUACAAAGAUAUGUUACGAAAAUAAGUUAACGGUAUUCCUCGCCUCAUAGUUAUAUGGAAAUAUUUGUAAAUCGUAUAUUUUCAUCGUGACUGUCGCGUUUACGUUUAUGAAACAUAUUAUACUUGGUUUAUAUACACGUUAAUACAUCCUAAGAACGAAA